UAUUCUCCUCUGUUCAGGCUCUCUGGCUGUCCUUUAAUUCAAUCAGAAGACACAGUGGACGGGAGGUGGGGCUUAAAGGGAGAUUCAGUACACUCAUACAUUUAUUUUCGUGUGUAAAUCAGGCGUGUGGAGACCUGCAUGUAACGAGAAACCAUGAGCGACUCUGAGAAACAGAGCCUUUCUCUAAAGGAGAAGGACGGGGUGGAGAAGCGGGGACGGGGAAGACCCAGGAAACAUCCCAAGGAAUCCAGUGGAUCCCCAGCUUCCAAAAGACCAAGAGGGAGGCCUAAAGGCAGCAAAAACAAGGGCCCUGCCAAGAAAAGAGCAGUGUCAUCUUCAGGAAAGAAAGUAAUGGGGAAGCCCACCAAGAAAGAGGAAAAGGCAGAUCAGGCCGCUCAGGAGUCCUCAGAGGAAGAUGAGGAGGAUGAAGAUGAGGAGCAGUAGCUGCCUUGUCCUCAGCACUACCUCAAGACACUCAACCUGGCACCACUCACUAAUCUGCAUUUAACCUGCGUUUAACGAGAGAAUGUCACCUACGCAAAAAAACCCCAGCGACUCUUUACAGGACUGACUUACAUCAAGAACCCUCUCUCUCUGUAACACAAUCAGUUAUGUAAAAAAAACUGGAAUAAUUUUAGAAACCUGUGAAUUAGAUUAUAUACGUACGUGUUUAGUACAUUUAAUGGUGCUUACCGGGUGCUUUUUUACUUUUGUUCAGGUUGGCUUUUUAUGUAUUUUAUGUGGCUUCUAAGGUGGGGGUUUUAGAGUUAGAAAGAGCAAGCUAUAUGUUUUGACUGUGGUGUGUAGUGGUGCUAUAGUUCUAGGUGGAGGGCUUUCUGCUUUAAUGCAGCUGUUUUAAAACCCCUGCACCAGAAACUGACUAGAGCUAUAUACACACAGCAAGUAAACGUGGCCCAAAUCGUGUUUUUUUUUUUAGGCUGUUAACACUUUAUUUUUAAUGUGACCCAUAUCUGACAUCUGUCUGAAUGGUUUGUGCUUUCCAAGUAAUUGGCACACAUGCACAACAGAGCAAUGCUUCACCUUAAGUUUCCCUUUAAACCUUGUCAGAAUCUUAAGAGCUAUGAAUGAGUUUAGACUGCAGCUUACUAGAUGAGUUUAUAAUCAAGAAUUCUCUACAGUUUGCUACCAAAAAGACCUAUGGUCAGGUUUUUAUUUUAGUUUAUUUUUUUUCCAUUGAUCUGGAGUUGUGUUUGUCGAAUUCAUUAGGAACACCGUGUGGCUAGGACACAAGCCUUCUAUUAUUAAUGGAAGAAAUGCAUCAGCUCUUGAAGACCUCACUCAGUUCUGUUGUCCAUUUCCCCAUUUAUUCACGCUCACUUUACUUUCUCCUUGCCAUCUUCAUUCCUUCUGUUUGACGAAGAAGUAACAUAAAUUUUGAGCUGGCCAUUCAAACAGAGUCGUAUGGCUGCUAAUGGGAUAUGUAUUGGAUUUUAAUACCACAUAUUGAAGUGGUCCAAAUCAGAAUAAUUGAAUGAAAAUGUCACACCCACACAAAAGAUCAGAUUUUUUAGGCCACAUUUACCUGCUGUGUGAACUUAGCCUAGAUUUUCUUUUAUUAGAUUAACUUUAUUAUACAUGUCUAUGAGUGCAUAUAGGACAUUUGUUGGAGGUUAGGUGUGUGUAGUUUGUGGGCUAUACUGUGUUUAUGGAGUUCAUGAAAAAUACCCACUUUCAAACAUUGUUCUCGAUCUGUUCACUUGAUGUUGGAGAUGUUUCAAACUUAGUUCUCACUUCAGUACAUUCCAGUAGCAGCAUUACUGUGUGAACAAAUUCAACACCAUAGCGACCACCUGAAAUACCACAGCAAUAGCCAGGCAUAUUUAUAGUAUUUAAUCCGUGACUGAUUAGCCACGCCUUAUUUAAAUGUUCACUUUCCUAGGACAAACUCUAGAACUCUAGAACACUAGAAAAAUCGAAAAAACACUAUUUUAAAAAAGUUUACUGCAAUUCUAAUUGUAUGAGUCCCUCCAAAUCCUACUGGGAGUUUACAAUGAAUACUUGUGAAAUAACGCUCACCUGAGCAGCCAUACCUCAAUACCAAACACGUUGUGUUUGUGACGAGUCCACACACACACAUUUCUGUUGUGAUAAUGACUGUUUUUACUCUGAACUCAUCAUCACGUCUCAUCUGUCCCCAGUAUCUGAACCAUUACAACAAUAUGCAUUAGCCACCUCAGGAAUUACAGUGUACAGAAAGGCAGCAAAAAGACCAAGGUAGUGUUCAGAUAGCACUGAUGACUUCUGUAUGAAAUAUGUUUGUCUUCUCACUUGGAAAUAGCCUUCGCCCUGCACCUAUUUUUGAUGCAGCUGAGGAAUUGUCUACAAACUUUUUUAGGCUUAUACCACAUUUUGUUCAUGCAGCGGCAGGAUACAUAUAUUUAUUUCACCUUUAAUUAUUACAAAUUAAAUUGUACCAGUGUAGCAUGUUGUGUUGUUAAUAAAAUGCGUUUUCUCA